CCCCCCGUCCCUCCGCCCGCCUCCCGCUCCCGCCGCCCCGCGCAGGCCUGGGCCAUGGCCGCGGAGCAGCUCAUGGUGCUCUACGGGGACGACUCUGUGGAGGUGCACUACGCGGGCGGGGCUCGCCUGCUGCUGUCCCCCUGCGGAUCCGAGUACUUGUACGAAGAGGCGCUGCCCGCCGCUGCCCACCCCCUGCAGCCGGCGGAGAGCACUCGCCAGCGGGUCCCCUUCGUCCUCAGUGCCUACAGGGAGCAAAUUCUACGAGCUCUCGAUUUCCGGAACACGUUUUCUUCUCGGCCGUAUUUACCUUCUCGUAUUAUAUCCCCUGAAAGAAAAAGCAUUCUUUUCAGUGAUAUCUUAGAAGUUAGAUGGCCUGACCCUGUUACGGCUGAUCUGACAAGAUGCAUAAAGAACGGCAGUGUGAAGAUCUCAUCAGCAGAUGGUUAUGCCCACCUUUACCUGUCAGAAUUGCAGCAAGAAUUUACUGUGGAGUUCUUAUGUAAAGUGAGCCAAUCAUCUGCAGCGUCCUCACACUCCUCUCCAAAGAACAGCAACUAUAAAACAGAAGAUCAGUAUGGAAAAUCAAGUAAAAAUUCUGUUCCAGGAAUGUCAUCAGAACAAAUGAGAAUUGAUAAUAAAAACAAUAAAGAUGAUCGUGCUGAAGGUAAAGACAGAGAAGCAACCAAACCAAACAACCAGAGGGACAGAGAUGGAGUUCCUUUGUUUCAUACAAAUUGUUCUUCUGAAUACACAUGGGUUACACAGCGCUGGUCUGUUUCCUCGUGCCCAGAAGAAUGGAAAUACCCUUUGUCAUUGGCAUUAAUGUGCUACAGCUUACAUACUGUUAAGAACGUAUUGAAGACAUGUGAGGAAAAUAACCAUGCAUCUGUAGGAGCAGAUGUUUUAACAGACCCCAAAACAUACGAAGCAGUGUCUCGUUUGCCUGCAGCUUUGCCGCUUAGCUGCAGAGCACCACAUUUACAUAGGUGGAGUUUCUGUGAUUUCUUUCUACAAAAGAAUCAAGAUUCUGAGAAGUAUCCAUACCCUCAGCUAAUUCAAAUUGUGUGGUGCAAGGGUAUUUUUUAUAGAUUUAUCCAUGGCAGAAGAAACAUCACAGAAAUUUAUCCUGGUGAUGAAUCACUUUUCAAGUCAGAAGGAGAUUUUUUGGGAAACUACUUUGUACAUUAUGCAAUGCAGAAAGGAAUAAAAAAGAGAGAAGAAAAGAUGUAUUCAGUAAAUAGUCUACCUCCUGAUGUACCAGGAAGUCAGUACUCUAUAUCUUCCGUUAUUACUGAAGCAACCAAAAUGCUUCAGUACUGCUACAAGACUAAACUGUCAUUAAUUCAUAACUAUCAUUUCUGCUGCUGGAAAGUGGUACCUGAGACAGAUGGACGAGAAAUGUUGCCAGUUUUGCUGGAUGAGAAGGUUAUUCCCGGCGUAGGAAGACUUCUUGUAUACUCAGACCAUAAAGUCCAUGCUGUUUUUUGGGAUGGGAUAUCCUUGAAUAUGGUCUGGGAUUUCAGCUCUUGCUGUACAAAGAUUCAGGUAAAUGAAGAUGUAGGCUGGUGUAAAUUAACUACUCCUGAUGGGGUACAGCAGCUAAUCCAAAUAAGGCAUCCUGGAAUCUAUGAAAGGUACAUCAGAACAGUAAUAGAAUGGUGCAGAAGUUUGAAUGAAAGCAAGGAGACUCCUGAAUGUACGACACACACUGUAACUGCAGAAAACUGGUCUGCUGAUGCUGAGCUUGAAAAAAUACAGCGAUUUAACUUUUUUUUGGAUAACAGCAAUGUUCUGGAAAGGACAUCCACUGCAAAGAACAAUCUAUCUGUCAAAAAACCAGAAAGUGGGAGCGAUCCUGAAGAAAUCAGCGAAGGACACAUUUUGGAGGCUCUGCAAAAUACCUCUAGAGUAAUUCAGGACAUUGAAUCUCUUCUUGCUCGUGCAGGGAGGUGAAGGCCUUCAGUGUGUGCCUACCCAAGCGCUGUCCCAGCGUGUGUGAAGGAUGGGGCUGUGGCAUCUUACAGCACGGCCCGACCUGCACUGUGUGCUGUGGCAUGGGUAGGUGGGAUCAGGCAGAGUGGUGGGGCACAGCUGGGUAAAGGUGACAGGGCAGGUCUGACAGUGCUCGUUUUAGGUGUGUGACUGUACUGAACGUCCGCUUGGAUCGUCUCACUUCAUUGUGCGAUGGACUUGCUAGAAGUUGCUCAAAUGAUGGUGGGCGAGGAUGGGCAGUUUUAACGGUAAAAGCAUCCUUUUGUUCAGAAGUUUGUACCAAGCAGUUAAGUAUUGAAUAGAGUAGAAAGUUGCCCAAACGAUUCCUAUUUGUUGUUUUCUAAUAAAAUGCGUGUUCAAAGUAGUGCACGCUAUCCCGAGUGAUAAAGCA